UCUUCGUCAGUGUCGUCAGACAGUUUGAUUCUGUUGAGUAUUUCUCUCUCUCCGACUCUGAUGAAGGCUGGUUCGGCAACUGAGUUCGCAACUCGAAUAAGUCGAGCUCUAAUCGCCGCAUCCAACUACACAAGGCCAACUCGGUCAUGGAGUCCUUCGCUCGAGCAGACAUUGCACCGACUCGGUUGUCGCGACUCACUCACCCCGUCACUCGUUGCCCGAGUCAUCGACCCGUUCCUUCUCCCUCACCACUCACUUGCACUUGGCUUCUUCAACUGGGCCGCCCAGCAACCAGGGUUCGGUCACACUGCCAUAACCUACCAAUCAAUCCUCAAAUCUCUUUCUUGUUCCCGCCAAUUUAACGCCAUUGAUACUCUCCUCAGGCAAGUGAAAACCCAGAAAGUUACUCUCGAUUAUUCGGUUUAUGGCUCUAUCAUUUCCUCGUUUAUCUCAGGAAAGAAACCCAAAGACGCUUUUCUUAUUCUAAGAGAGGUUGGUUCUAUUAUUCAAUAUAUAGGACCCGAAAUAUGUAACUCUCUAUUAGCUGCUCUAGCUUCUGAUGGCUAUCUUGAGCAUGCUCAGAAGGUGUUUGACGAAAUGUCUCAAAGAGGUGUCCCUUUUACCACUCUAGGCUUUGGUGUGUUUAUAUGGAGAAUAUGUGGAAACGCUGAAUUGGGUGCCGUUUUGAGUGUGUUAGAUGAGGUUAAACGAUGCGAGUCUAUGAUUAAUGGGUCGAUAAUAGCGCUUUUGAUCGUUCAUGGGCUCUGCAAGGCUUCAAGAGUCUCGGAGGCAUUCUGCCUCUUGGAUGAGCUAAGAAGUAGGAACUGUAAACCUGAUUUCAUGGCAUAUAGGAUUGUGUCCGAAGCAUUUCGAUCAACAGGGAGCGUCUUUGAGACAGAGACGGUUCUAAAGAAAAAGAGAAAGCUGGGGGCAGCUCCAAGGACUAAUGACUACAGAGACUUCAUCUUAUGUUUAAUUAUGGAAAGGCGAAUAAAUGAAGCAAAAGAGUUGGGUGAAGUAAUUGUUAGUGGAAACUUUCCAAUUGAGGAUGAUGUUCUCAACGUUCUGAUUGGAUCAGUGUCAGCCAUUGAUCCUGACUCUGCGCUAGCGUUUUUCGGAUUCAUGGUUGGGAAAGAGCGAUUUCCAACUCUUUUAACUUUAAGCAACUUGAGUAGGAACCUAUGUAAGUAUGAAAAGAUUGAUGAACUGUUAGAAAUCUUCAAAGUUUUGUCUUAUCAUAAUUACUUCAAAGAUAUGGAGAGCUACAAUGUGAUGGUAUCAUUUUUGUGCAAAGCUGGGAAAGUAAAAGAGGCCUAUAGAGUUCUUCAGGAGAUGAAAAAGAAAGGGUUGAACCCAGACAUAUCAUUUUAUAAUUCUCUCAUGGAAGCAUGUUGUAGGGAAGAUUUAUUGCGGCCUGCUAAAAGGCUGUGGGAUGAGAUGUUUACCAGUGGGCGCAGUGGAAAUUUGAAAACAUACAACAUCCUUAUCCGAAAAUUUUCAGAGGUUGGUCAAGUUGAAGAGGCUCAAAGUCUCUUUGACCACAUGUUGAAAAGAGGGGUGGCACCUGAUGCCACAAUUUACACGUCUCUGCUUCAGGGACUUUGUGAAGAAACAAAGCUAGAAGCUGCUUUUCAUGUCUUGAACAAGUCUUUGAAACAGGAUUUGAUGCUUGCUCGAAAUGUAUUGAAUACAUAUAUUCUUUAUCUAUGCAAAAAAGGUCUUUUUCUUGCUGCUUCUGAGUUACUUUGCCGCCUCGAAUAUGAUCCACUGCAUUCAGACUCCCAUGUCAUUUUGCUUAAAUGUUUAGCUAAUGCUGAAGAAGUUCCAAUUGCUAUUAAACACAUGAAAUGGGUGCAAGAAACUUCUUCCUCAAUGCUGCAAGUUAUAUCGGCUGAACUAUCAGCAUCAGUCUCAUCUUCCCCAAAACCAGAGCCAAUUCUUCAGUUACUUAAAGCAACGGAGGAAAAUUUAUGUCUUAGCAACAUUUCUAGAAACAAUUUAUGUAGUUGAUCAUUUCCAAUUCUGCUUAGGUGAACUUUUCAUAUAUAGAUAGUACAUAAUUUCAGCAGUUAGAUAGUAUUAAGUUGGCUCUUGAGCAUGGAAACAAGAAGCAAUGAAAUGUGAAUUUCUUACACAGUGUUGGUCACCAAUGCAAUUGGAUAUGCCUAUUUUUGAAAUGAAGAUGAAGUUUGUUUGUAGUAAGUUCAUGCUAAGUGAGAAUUUAUUUGGGGUGCUGCGAUCCUAAUCAGAUGUUAAUGAUCUAUUCUGUGUUUCAGAUUACACUACGGAGAUCUCCCUUGAAUUGGCAUCUCUUCUUCAUCAUUUAUCGAAUAUGGGACUCCAUGGUCGGGUUUAAUACUUUUGUGCUCAUUCACUACUAUGGGGUGUUGUUGCACCACUAAAAUUGUGGUGUUGCCCUUAAAA